AUGUCAUCCGGUAUCAUCCGUGGAUAUUUUAAUGUCCAAGAUCAUGGUGCAACUGGACUUGGAAAGGUCAAUGAGUCACCCGCAAUCCAAAGUGCCAUCAAUGCAGCAGCCGCUCAAGGGGGAGGUGUGGUUUGGUUCCCACCAGGUCUGUAUUUCAUCGACAAGUGCGCGGAUACAGGAUUGGAUGCCACAAGGGGCUUCAUCAUUGAGGCCUCUGUUAUCCUAGCUGGGGCAGGCACUGGAAAGCCACAAUUCAACGACAACCCAUCGAGCAACCCACUUGCCACGAAUGGAUCAAAGCUUUUGAUUACCAACCAUGACAUCAUCCCAAUUGUUAUCACGGGGUGGGGCACAGUUAUCCGUGACAUGGCGAUUUAUCACCAACAACCAGAGCCUGUGGUUGGUCAGCCCUGGACACCUGACCCAUAUCCAGCGGCUAUUUUGGUUGCUGCGCACGAUGUACGCCUGGAAAAUUUAUAUUUGCGAAACCCGACUGUUGGAAUAGUAUCAGAAAAUGCAGGGCGUUUGAGCAUCAACCGUCUAUUUGGCCAACCACUUCAAACCGGCAUCUCUAUCGACAAUGCAAGAGACACCGUGAAAAUCGAUAAUAUUCACUUCUGGCCUUUCUGGACUGAAUCAGAGGCCGUUAGAGAAUACACAUUCGAAAAAGCGUGCGCCAUUGAAAGCUACCGCAAUGAUAAUCCUCUGUUCUCCAACAUAUUCACGAUCGGAUACAACACUGGUUUCCUAUUCAGCAAAAGAGAGAAUGCACCUGAGGGCCAGAUCACUAGCAAGUUUCAGAUUGUGAAUGCAGAUAAUGACUCAGGGCACAAGGGAAUCAAAGUUGAUGGACCACUGACAACCGGCCAUAUCGUUAAUUACAAUUUCCAAGGAUCCGAGAAAUCGGAGACAGGGAUACACAUUCAAGCUCCUGGUGCCAUAGUCCAAGCAACUAAUGUGAGAAUUAAACUAACAGGAGCCAAUUCCAUUCGUGUUUCGGGGGCAGGGGCGCGCUUGAAUUUGGAGAAUAUUUGGAUCCAAUCUUGGAACCAAAGUGGCAUUGGAUUCCCCGGUAUUGAAGCUGUGGGGGGAGGCGCCGUUGUUUCUGUGGGUUUUAACCGCCUUUACACUGAGAAAAGUGGUAAGCUUAUUGGUGGAGAGGGUGUUGUGCUUGCUGAGCCUGUGUUACCGGGGAUUAAUGCGUGA